CAGCCAAAAAUAGCUCGGAUUUGGAGAUACUCCAGGCCUGGUGCAUAAGACGCCUUUUGGAUUUUCAGAGACGGCUGAAGUUCCAAAAGAGUUGGUGGAGCUUCACUUGAAACUGAUGAGAAAGAUUGGGAAGUCUGUCACAGCAGACAGAUGGGAAAAAUAUUUGAUCAAGAUAUGCCAAGAAUUCAACAGCACUUGGGCUUGGGAGAUGGAAAAAAAAGGAUACCUAGAAAUGAGCGUUGAAUGCAAAUUGGGGAUUCUGAAGUAUCUCUGUGAAUGUCAGUUUGAUGACAAUCUAAAGUUUAAGAAUAUUAUUAACGAGGAGGAUGCUGAUGCAAUGCGUCUUCAGCCCAUUGGUCGAGACAAGGAUGGCCUAAUGUAUUGGUAUCAGCUGGAUCAGGAGCAUAAUGUCAGGAUGUACAUAGAAGAACAGGACGACCAGGAUGGCUCCACAUGGAAAUGCAUUGUUAGAAACCGAAAUGAGCUCGCCGAGACCCUUGAGCUCUUGAAAGCACAAAUAGAUCCUGCCCUGCUGAAAAACAGCAAUCAGCAGGAGAAUUCAUCACGUGAAAGCCCAAGCAUAGAAGAUGAAGACUCCAAAAAGGGCGAAGAAGCAUCUCCACAAGAAAAUCCAGUAAAAAUUAAAGAAGAAAAAGAGGUGGUGGAGGAACAGUCAAAGGAAUUGGAGACCCUUCCUCUUCCUGUGGUCAAAGAAGAUGAAAACAUGGUGAAAAUUGAGAAAGUAGAAGAAAAAGAAAUUAUAAAAUUGCCAGUAAUAGUAAAAUUAGAGAAACCUUCAGAAUGCAAUGAGGAAAAGCAAACGGUCAAAGAAGAAAGUGACUCCUUUAAAGAAAAUGUAAAACCUGUUAAAGUAGAGGCGAAAGAAAACAAAGUAGAACCAAAAGACUUAAAAGAAGUAAAAAGUUGUACUGACAAAAUAGCAGUUCAUGAGCCAGAGAGAUUAGACUUUUGUGUUAACGUCAAAACUCCCCAAGAAAUUGUGGAGAAGUCUGUGGAAGAAAGUGAAAAAAUUAAGAAUGACCAGCAGGCAAAAAUACCACUUAAAAAGCGAGAGAUCAAGCUGACAGAUGACUAUGACAGUCCAAUAAAGGGGCCCCUAUGUAAAUGUGUAACUCCGACAAAGGAUGUCUUGAAGGAAGAAGGGAAACCAGAAGAAGAGACUUUUAAGAGAGUCCCUACAAUUACUGCUUUAUGUCCUGAUGGCAAAGUGCUAGUAAAUGGAGAGAUUAGCAGUGAAAAAAUAACCCCAAGUGUCAUACAAAAUAAUAAGUCAGAACACUCUGCUACCACAAAAGAAGACAGCAGCUCAUUAAAGGAGAAAAAUGAUAAAAGUGGGGAGAAGGUGCCAGACUCCUUAAACUCUGUUAGUAAAAUUAUGAAAGCAUGUGAGGCUGAGAAAAAUGCAGUAACUGUGGUCAAAGAGGUAGGGUCUGUGAUCUCUGAGGUUUCUAACCAGAAAGUGCCUUUAAAAGAGGAAUCUAGUCCUGUGGAAAAAGAGUCCCUCGACAGCAUAACUACUGAAAUGGUAGUGGAGGAAUCUUCAAACUCUGAAGACUGUGCCAAAACAACUGAAGAGAAACUGGCUGUGGAAAUCCAAAAGGACAGACGAUCGCCGCCCAAUGAGUGUUUAGAAAAGGUAGAAAAGUCCUCAAGCGCAUCUACGCCUAAGGAACUGCCCAAGCUUGCACUAGUUGACGAAGAGAGUUCGAAAAGUAAAGGUGAGUCUGAGGAGAAACCUGCUUCUCCGAAAGCUGCUGAGAUGCCUCCUUCGCCUACUUCUCCUGUUACAUUAGACAAGUCUGUUUUAGAAAAGGAGGGCUCUGAUACUAAAAGUAUAGUCCCUGAAGAGAGCAAAGCAGAAGCAAAAUCAGACACUGAAAAACAAGAGGAAGAGCCUGAACUUGCCAAGACAGAACCAGAAAGAUUAGAUGAUGCCCAUGCUUCUAAUCUAGAGGAUUCCUCAGAGAGUAAAAAGGAAUCUCCGGUACCUAAAAGCAAAUUUAAAUAUAAAUUAGUUUCUGAAGAAGAAAGUUGUGCAACAGAUAAUAAGGAAAUAACUUCCGAAAGACAGAAAGAAGGAAUUAAGUUAACAAUCAGGAUCUCCAGUAGAAAGAGAAAGGCAGAGACGCCACCAGAAGAGCUUGGGGUUGGUCGCACAUUACGGCGAUCUCCAAGAAUAUCUAAACCUACUCCAAAAAUCGUGGAGACUCGGGAUCAGAAACCUGACAAAAAACGAGCUGAAGAGGAGGAGGAGAAACCUGCAUCAGCACAAAAACAGGAACGAAAAGACGAUGCAAAAAAACAGGAGAAGGAGUCAAAUUCUAAAGUUAACAAGAGAAGCAAAGUUCGGUGGACGGGUACUCGGACACGUGGCAGGUGGAAAUACUCAAGUAAUGAAGAAAGUGAGGAGUCAGAGAAUGAAAAAAACUCAGAUGAGGAGGAGGAGGAAGAAGAGGAGGAGGAAGAAGAAGCUGCGCCUGCUGAUGAUGAUGAGCCAUGCAAGAAGUGUGGCCUUCCCAAUCACCCUGAGCUGAUUUUGUUAUGUGACUCGUGUGACAGUGGAUACCAUACAGCCUGCCUUCGCCCUCCUUUGAUGAUAAUCCCUGAUGGAGAAUGGUUCUGCCCACCUUGCCAGCAUAAAUUGCUAUGUGAGAAAUUAGAAGAGCAAUUACAAGAUCUGGAUGUUGUCUUAAAAAAGAAGGAGCGCGCGGAACGCAGAAAAGAGCGACUGGUGUAUGUGGGUAUCAGUAUUGAGAACAUCAUUCCACCUCAACAGGAACCGGAAAUACCAGAAGGUCAGGAAGAAAAGAAGAAAGAUUCCAAAAAGCCAAAAUCAAAGCUGCUUGAAAGGAGGUCUACUCGAACCCGGAAGUGCAUAAGUUAUAGGUUUGAUGAAUUUGAUGAGGCUAUUGAUGAGGCAAUUGAAGAUGAUAUUAAGGAGGCUGAUGGAGGAGGCAUUGGCAGAGGCAAAGACAUGUCUAAUAUCACAGGUCACCGUGGGAAGGACAUUUCCACAAUCCUAGAGGAAGAAAGGAAAGAAAAUAAGCGACCACCAAGGGCUGCUGCAGCACGUCGCAAGAAACGACGGCGACUAAACGAUCUGGAUAGUGACAGUAAUCUGGAUGAAGAAGAGAGUGAGGAUGAAUUCAAGAUCAGUGAUGGAUCUCAGGAUGAGUUUGUUAUAUCAGAGGAAAAUCUGGAUGAAAGUGAAGACGACCCACCAUCAAAUGAAGACAGUGAUUCAGAGUUCUGUGCUCGCAUAUCCAGGCGACAUCUCUCCCGGCCCAUGAGGCAAAGUAGGCGGUUACGAAGGAAAACAGUCAAGAAAAGAUAUUCUGAAGAUGAUGAAGAGGAAGAUUCGGAGGACAAUUCAAGCAGAGAGUCUGAAAGUGCUGAUUACACAGAUUACAGUGAUGAUGAUUACCUGGAAACUAGGAGAAGAUCAAGACGGAAUCAGAAGAGACAAGUUAAUUAUAAGGAAGAUUCAGAAAGCGAUGGCUCACAGAAAAGUGUCCGAUAUGGAAAGGAGUUGAGACGUUUGCAUAAACGCAGACUUUCCACUUCAGACAGUGAAGAGAGCUACACAUCUAAGAACUCUGAAGACGAUGAAUCCACAAAGGAGUCAAAGCGACUGAUUCGAAAACGUAGGCGAAGUACAGGUGAAUACUCCGAAGGAGAUGAAGGAGAGGAUGAAGAAGACGAAGGGAGACCUGUCCGCAAACGACUGAAUCGAAUUGAAACAGACGAUGAAGAUAACUGCGAAAAUGCUAACGAUGACGCAGAAAACCCUACUCCUGCAAAUAAGCUGCCAGCCCCACAGGCUCCUCAAGACAACACCAAGAAGCCCUGCUACCGGAUAGAAAGCGAUGAUGAAGAUGACUUUGACAAUGUAGGGGAAGGAGAGAGCCCUUUGGACUACAGCCUGGUGGACUUGCCUUCCACCAAUGGACAGAGCCCAGGUAAAACCAUUGAGAACUUGAUUGGCAAACCGAGCGAGAAGACCCAAGCCCCCAAGGACAGCACAGCCACUGCCAGCCUGGCACCCAACGGGACAGGGAGUGGGCAGGAAGCAGUAGGGCCAGAGGAAGAUGAAGAUGAACUUUUGAGAGUGACUGACCUUGUUGAUUACGUCUGUAACAGUGAACAGUUAUAAGACUUCCAUUUUUGUGCUAAUUUAUUCCACGGUAGCUCAUACCAGCGGGCCAGUUAUUAAAAGCUGUUUUAUUUUUCCUAGAAAAUUCUCCACUACAGUAUCACUUUUUAGAAGCAAGAAUUUCACCAGUCCUGCAGUCUUUCUGUGAAGUGACCAGUUUUGAACUUUGAAGAUGAAUUGCUGUAAAUUCCCUCUUUUACCUCCCUUCUCCUUCCAAGUCCAUGGUCCUGGGUAAUUUCACUCACAAAAACCUUAUAACAACAAGAGAUUUGUAUAUUUUUGACUUUAUAUUUCCUGAGCGCAUACAAAUUUGUGGAAAUGGGUGGCCUAAGAAAGCAUUCCAAAUCGGUCAGGGCCCAAACCGGAACUGGGGUGGGUUUGGCUCAUGGGGUGGGUGGGGUACAGAAGCACUUGUGCUUUAGCUUUUUCAUAUGAGAUAUAUAUUAUAUUUAAAUGUUCACAACUUAGAUUUCAACUUAACAGACAGUUUAAAAAAUCAAUGUCUGUACUGUUGCAUCUUGUGAGUUGUAGGUUAACAUGCCAUAGCUCAUUUUAGUAAUCACCUUCAUGGAAGCAGUUUGAUUUUAAUACUGGAGGUAAACACAGUUAAUAAAGAGGCCAAGAAGGUACCACAAACGAGAACUCUACUAUCCAUUAUGACUUGCAGACUUUCCUAAUAAACAUCCUUUAAAGUGUUUGUACAGUAAAGUGUACUGUAAUGAACUUUUUGACAGUUGAAACAUGCUAGCAAUGAAUUUAUACAGCUGUCUCAUGCAUAGUUCAUCAGAUGGUCUUUAAUACACAGUGUCUAGUGGGAGGACAUAUUGAUACGAAGCGAGUCUGUAAAAUUGGAUGGCAUCGUGAAGUGCUGCAGACUUUUACAGACACCAGAACCCUACAGUAGCUGCCUGGCCACUUGCAUUUAACCAUCUGUUGGAGUAUUUUGAAUGAAACAUGUUUGUACAUACUGCAUUGACCACAGAAUUACAACGCAUCAAAUGAUUGAGGGAUUUUCAAAUAAACCGUGACUGGUCCAUUCAUGUCCUUAAUAUCUACUUCAAAUUGAAGUAAACAAAUGGAACAGUUUUCCUUUUGGAGGUUUUCUGUUUGGAGUUUGUGUGUGUUUUUGUUUUGAUUUUACUUAUCUGCCUGGAUGUAUUAGCAGGUUUUGAAUGUAGUGCUGGCCUUUGGCCGUUAGAACUUUCUUAAAAAAUACAUUUUAAUAAUUGUCAUGUGACCAACAGAUUUCAAGAAGGCAGUAUUUCUGAGAGAAAACGCAUGACUCCAAGACAUCUCAUCAACUUUUGAGCGGGCGUGAAGUGUUAUGUGCUUCUGUUACAACAACAAAAUGGAGGCUACAAAAGAAAAAAAAAAACACACACAUCGAGCACAUACGAAAGAGCAAAGCUGAAAUUUGUUUUGGGUACCAUUCAGUUUUCUCUUUAUUCUGAAUUAAGAUGCAGGCUGUAGCGUUUGCACAUGUUGUAGCACACAGACGACUAAAACAAAUCUGCCAAACGUUGAAAUCCGAAAAGGUCACAUCUAUUAAUCCUUUUGCUCUGAGAUUUGGAUUUUUUGACUGGUGUUUAUGUCCGUUGCCGGCAAUGGAUGCACCAAAACUGCUGCUGCCACCAAGGAGUGAGUUCUCCUUUCCUGCCCCACCUGAUUCCCUACCAUUAUAUUGUAUUUACUAGUCAGUCAUUAAGCACUUCUGUUUUCUUGUAAUAAAAGUGGCAUUAGGCCUUUACUAAAUACCUCUCUAGAAAACGUAGAUCCAAAAAUACCUACCUUCUGGCCUUGCAAGUCUUGUUUGUGUUUCCCCACCUCUCUCUCCAUGAGUUCUGUCGGAACCACUCCGUAACGCCUGCUUAUCUGGAUUCUAGCGGUGCAGAUAUCCUGCUAUAAAACUAGAUUCAUCGCAGCUGCAAAAAGAUAGAACUCACUCAUUAUUUGCUACGCUAAACAAGUUGGUGAUU